UGCAGUGCUCUCAGUCUCUCAGUUUUAUGAGUUUUUAUGAUGUCUGAUGUAGAAGAAGCUGCUCACACAGAUGGAGGUGUUGAUCCAAACACACAGGACCUUGACGAACCCAUCACGGGUGAUCCAGACCAGCAUGAUCUAGACCAGCAUGAUCAAGACCAGCUUAAUUCAGAUGUGUGUGAGCCAGACAUGCAUGAUCGAGACCUAUGUGAGCCAGACCAGCUUAAUUUAGAUGUGUGUGAGCCAGACCAGCGUGAUCCAAACCAGCUUAAUUUAGAUGUGUGUGAGCCAGACCAGCGUGAUCCAGACCAGCUUAAUUUAGAUGUGUGUGAGCCAGACCAGCGUGAUUCAGACCAGCGUGAUCCAGACUUGCAUGAUCCAGACCAUCUUAAUUUAGAUGUGUGUGAGCCAGACCAGCGUGAUCCAAACCAGCUUAAUUUAUAUGUGUGUGAGCCAGACCAGCGUGAUUCAGACCAGCGUGAUCCAGACUUGCAUGAUCCAGACCAUCUUAAUUUAGAUGUGUGUGAGCCAGACCAGCGUGAUCCAGACCAGCUUAAUUUAGAUGUGUGUGAGCCAGACCUGCAUGAUCCAGACCAUUUUAAUUUAGAUGUGUGUGAGCCAGACCAGCAUGAUUCAGACCAGCGUGAUCCAGACCAGCAUAAGCCGAGCUCAUUCACUCAUCAGAAUGACAUCAAUGAAAUCAUUCAGUCAUGUGUGGAGGCCUUCACUCAGGAGAGUGAAGAUUCUGUGUUCUGUGAAGUUCUCAGUGAGGACACACAGACAGAUGAGGACACGUCAACACCUCCUGAGAAGCCAUAUGAAAACAGCAGAAAGAAGCUUGUGAAGAGUUUACAGCCAUGUGUUCCUGAAACAUUAGACAUUCAACACACUGGAGAAAUCACACAACUUUACAGUGAGAGACAGUACCGAGAGGAGGGCCGGAGAGAUUUGUGUGUCAAUCUCUACUCACUGCUGCCUGACACACAAGAAACUCAGUUUGCUCGAGAGAUGUCAGAUAUUCAGAGUCAGGUGAAAUAUAAAGCUGAUGGAAAGAAGAAUCUUGGUUGUAGUUUGUACUCACAGCUGCCAGACACCAUUGAAACUCAACACGCUAAACUAAUGACAGAUCUACAGAGUGAUAAUAAAUAUAAAGAGACCUGCAGGAAAGAUGUUUCCAAAUGUCUGUAUUCAAAACUGCCAGAAACACUUGACACACAACACGCCAGAGAUGCCUACCUGCUUCAGAGUGAGAUAAAGUAUAAGGAAGGACAGUUGUGUGUGAACGGUUCUUUGUUCUCUACACUGCCUGACACUCCAGACAUACAGUUUGCCAGAGAGAUGACCGACACCAUCAGUGAGAAUAAAUACCGCGAGCAGGGCAGGAGGAGUAUGAGCAGCAGUGUUUACUCUCAGCUUCCUGUGACGUCUGACAGUGAGUUCAGCAGAAGCGUCAGUAAUCUUCAGAGUGAGGUGAAAUACAAAUCAGGUGUUAAAGAUCAGAUGAGCAGAUCUCUGUACCAUCAGCUGCCUGAAACUUUAGAAACUCAACACGCUAAAGAAGCUUCACAGCUCCAAAGUCAGCUGAAGUACAGAGAGAGCCGUAAAGAGCAGAUGGACACUUGUUUAUAUUCACUGAUGUCACAGACGCCACAAAAUGAGUUUGUCAAACAUCAGAUGGAACUGCAGAGUCAGAUGAAAUAUAAGGAAGAUUUAAAGGAGAACUGCAGUAAUCUUUACUCUCUCAUGCCUGAAACACUGGACACACAGUUUGCCAAACACACGGGUGAAAUACAGAGUGAUGUGAAAUAUAAAUCAGAUGUUAAAGAUCAGAUGAGCAGAUCUUUGUACCAUCAACUACCUGAAACCCUCGAAACUCAACACGCUAAAGAAGCUUCACAGCUCCAGAGUGAGAUGUCAUAUAAAGGUGUGAGGAAGGGCGAUUUCUCUGGUUCCACCUUCACUGCGGUUCCAGAUUCAGUUGAGAUGAAGUUUCUUCAGGACGUCCAACAUGUUAUCAGCGAGAUCGAGUAUCGUGAGGAAGGAAAGAAAAGUCUCUCGUCCAGCGUUUAUUCACAGAUGCCAGAGACACCGGAGACUCAGUUUGUGAGAUCCGUCACUGAACUUCAGAGCGAGGUGCAAUAUAAGAAGUCUGAGAACGCAAACAACACGCUGUAUUCCACCCUGUCAGAGACGCUGGACACACAACACGCUAAACACGUUACUGACAUCAUCAGUGAGGUGAAAUAUAAGCAGGAGGGAAAGCAGAGUUUGUCCAGACCUCUCUUCACACAACUGGCUGAUACAUCGCACACGCAAACACAACAACCCAUUUCUGACACACACAGAGAGGUCAGAUACAAACAGAAAGCUGAUCAGAAGACUUUAUAUUCACUGAUGCCUGAGACCUCAGAAACACAUCUGGCCAAACACAUGAGUGACAUCCAGAGCGAGCUUCAGUACAAACAGGCCGGUAAGAAGGAGGCGGAGAGUAAUUUAUACAGUCUGAUGCCAGAGACACUUCAAACUCAACACGCUAAACACACGUACGAGCUGCAGAGUCACGUUAAAUAUAAAGAGAAUCAGGGAAAAGACGUGUCUCUUUAUGCUCAUCUGCCCGAGACACGAGACACUGAACGCGCUAAACACGCCGGCGAGAUACAGAGUGAGCUGAAGUACAGAGAGACUGUGAAGAAAGAUUUGCCUUCAUCUUUAUAUUCUCACAUGCCAAACACACCAGAGAUACAGCGAGCCAAAGAUCUUAACACACUUCACAGUCAGGUGAAAUAUAAGAGAGACAGUCAGAAGAACAUCAGCUCUUGUGGUUAUUCACAUCUGCCUGAAACUCCAGAGAUUGAGUUUGUGAAGACGGUGACUGAACUUCAGAGCGUUGUGAAAUAUAAAUCAGGUGUUAAAGAUCAGAUGAGCAGAUCUCUGUACCAUCAGCUGCCUGAAACUUUAGAAACUCAACACGCUAAAGAAGCUUCACAGCUCCAGAGUCAGGUGAAGUAUAAAGAGAGACAUCAGAAAGAAGAUUCCUCAUCGCUUUAUUCCCGACUGACUGAUACACCAGAGACUCAGAUGGCCAGAGAAAAGUCUGAUCUUUACAGUCAGGUCAGAUAUAAAGAGGACGGGAGGAGAAACGUCUCAUCUUCUCUUUACUCUGUGAUGCCCGACACUCCAGACACACAACACGCCAAACAACAGUGUGCACUACUGAGUGAGAAUGAGUACAGGAGAGAGGGUCAGGAGGAAUUAUCAGACUGUCUGCACUCACAGCUGCCUGAAACACUUCACACACAGUUUGUGAAAGACGUCACGCCGCUCAUCAGUCAGAUGAAAUAUCAAGCGUCAGGUAAGAAGGAGAUGAGCACGGCUUUGUAUCACACACUGCCGGAAACCAAAGACACACAACACGCCCGAGAUGCUUCAGUCAUACAGAGCCAGAUCAAAUAUAAAGAAGGAAAGACGGAUCUGUCGUCCAGUGUUUACUCACAGCUGACACAAACACCUCAGACUGAAUUCACUGCUAAAGUGUCAGAGCUUCAGAGUGAUAAUAAAUACAGAGAGGAGGGCAGAAAAACACUGAGGACGAGUGUUUAUUCUCAACUGGCCGAGACGACAGACACACAGUUUGUCAAGACAAUGACUGAACUGCAGAGUGAUGUGAACUAUAAAGCUGCAGGUAAGAAGCAGAUGACCAGCGCUUUAUAUUCUCUGCUGCCCGAAACGCUGGAAACACAACAUGCACGAGAGAUCACACAACUUCUGAGUGAGACUAAAUAUAAAGAGCAAGCGAAGAAAGAGAUUUCAGACAGUCUGUACGCUCGACUGCCCGAGACAACACAAACUCAACACAACAAAAACAUCUCUGAACAGCUGAGUCAGAAUAAAUACAAGCAGAAGGUCAAACAAGAGAUUUGUAAAAGUGUUUACUCACAGCUGACAGACACACAAGAGAUGAAGUUUGCCAAACAGAUGACACAACUCCAGAGUGAAAAUGAGUACAGGAGAGAGGGUCAGGAGGAAUUAUCAGACUGUCUGCACUCACAGCUGCCUGAAACACUUCACACACAGUUNAGGAGGAAUUAUCAGACUAUAAAAUACAAAGAAGAAGGAAAAAAGAUUAUGGAGAACUGCCUGUACUCACAACUGCCCCAAACUACUGAAACACAACACGCCAAAGAACUGACACAACUCUACAGUCAGAUGCCUGAAACCAUUGAGACGGUGUUUGCUAAAGAAGUGUCUAAACAUCAGAGCGAUAAAGCAUAUAAAGAGAAGUUUCAAUCUGAGAAAGGCAAAUCAGACUACACACACAUGAAGAAUCUGCCUGACGUGACACACGCCACACAGGUCAACAAACACCAGAGUGAU